AUGUCCGAUUCGGCAUGUACAAUUCGCACACGUAAAUUCAAAUCAAAUCGACUUUUAUGUCGUCGUCAAAUGGUUGUUGAUGUUAUUCAUCCAGAUCGUGCAUCACUCUCGAAAAAAGAUAUCCGUGAAAAAGUUGCACAACUUUAUAAAACAACAUCUGAUUUGGUAUUUUGUUAUGGUUUUAAUACAAAUUUCGGUGGUGGUAAAUCAACCGGUUUUGCACUUAUCUAUGACACACUUGAUUUUGCCAAGAAAUUUGAACCACGUCAUCAUCUUGUACGACAAGGUCUUGCUGAACCAAAGAAAACAGCAAGAAAACAACGUAAAGAACGUAAAAAUCGUAUGAAAAAAGUACGUGGUAUAAAGAAAGCUGCUGUCAAAGAUGCCAAGAAAAAAUAA